AACGGAGCAUCAAAGGAACUGGAUUUCAUCUCUGAUGACAAUUUGACCAAAUCUUCUCAUUUUGAGCACAGUUCUGUAUCCUCUCCUAAUAAGAUGUCUCUUCAGAAGAAACAACUUUUGAAGCUGGAUCAGACGCAGGACAGCUCCUCAGCCAAGAAAACAUACACCUCACUAGCAUCAGACUGUAUUGGAAAAGCUCCUAUAGUGCUGCUAUAUGAUCUUAAGUCAGAACUACGUCAUCAAAACAAGAAACAGAACAUAAAGCAACGUGACCAUGGACGGCACUCUCAUCAGAGUAGUCAGGAACGUCUACCAGAUGAUGGGUCAGUCCACAACAAAUCGUCUCAGUCUCUUCCUUUACACAGUGAACGCCUAGCUUCUAAUACAGAUAUUACAUAUCAUCACCAGCAGCAAGAUACUACAGAGAACAGAGGUUGCACAUCACUUCCAAUAGAAAGUUUAAAGAUUCCUGUAGCUCCACCAUUUCUUUCUAAUGUGCAGCCCGAAACUCAAGGGAAAGAAUCUGCAAAUAUCUAUGACCGAGCACAACAUCAGAGCCAGAAACUACAGAAGACAGACCAGCAGGAAGGCCAGAGUGUGAAUAAUUUUUACACAUCACUUGCAGAAGUAUGUAAGUGGAAGCAGCCUGUGAUAAAAUUACUUCGCACAGAGACCCAGCUUGAUCACAAAGGAAAAAAGCGAACAAGUAAAUUAGACAGUGAGCAACACUCUGUUCAGAAGCUACAGAAGACAAACCAGCAGGAAGGCCAAAGUAGGAGGAAGCAGCCCAUAGCCAAAAAAUUACUUUGUUUAGAGACCAAGAAAAAAUUGCUUGAUUACCAAGAAAGAAAACGGUCAAGUAACUUGGACAGUGAGCAAAACUCAGGCCAGAAGCAACUGAGGACAGACCAGCAGGAAGGCCUAAGUGGGAACACAUCUUACGCAUCACUUGAAGAAUUAUGUAAGUGGAAGCAGCCAGUGGUUCAAGUACAUCACUUAGAGACUCAGCUUGAUUAUAAAAAAAUAAAGCGAUCAACUACAUUACAAAGUGAGCAAUUCUCCCACCAGUGCACAGAUAUUACAAGGAAGCAUGAGCAACAGAAAUGUGGCCUAGAGACAGUCUGUUUAAAGCAACCUGUCGUUCAACUUACUCGUUUGAAUAUAGAAGCCAAAAGUCAGAUUGAAAGGCAGACCACGAAGAAAGGAGUCAUUGCACAUCACCAAGAUCAUGUACACCAAACUGACAGCACUCCCAUAAAUUUGCAACCUGAGAAUUGGGAGGAACAAGUGGAGGAUGACUCUGAUGAGCAGUGCACAGAUAUUACAAGGAAGCAUGAUCAACAGAAAUGUGGCCUACUGACAGUCUGUUUAAAGCAACCUGUAGUUCAACUUACUCGCUUGAAUAUAAAAGCCAAAAGUCAGGUGGAAAGGCAGACCACGAAGGAAGAUGUCAGUGCACAUCACCAGGAUUAUGUACCUGACAACACUCCCUUAAAUGUGCAACUUGAGAAUCGUGAAGAACAAGUGGAGGAUGACUCUGACAACGACCAGUCUGAGGAGCAGUGCACUGAUUUUGCAAGGAUCCAUGAUUUGCAGAAAUGUGGACUAGAGACAGUCUGUUCGAUGAAACCUGUAGUUCAACUUACUCGCUUGAACAUAAAAAAUCAUGUUGAAAGGCAACCUGAGAGUCAGGAAGAACAAGUGGAGGAUGACUCUGACAGCGACCAGUAUGAUGAGCAGAUCUCUGCAUAUGAGCGUGAAAGACUGAGGAAUCUGAAAGCAAAUGCAAAAUUUUUAAAGUCCCUGAAAUUGCUUGAGAAUGUGUCAACUCUUUGGCGGCGUCAAAAAAAGAAACGAGUCAUUAGAGAGAAGCCACCAUGUAAUAUGGCAAAUCGUGAGUCCAGAAGACUGAGGGGAUGCUCACCUUUAGAAAAAACUACACAGAUGUUACCCAUAACCGAUAUGGAUAAUGAUUCCUGGAUAUCAUUCAAGGACACGUGGAAGUCCAUUAGUGCCCACAAGUUUGAAAAAACUACAAGUUUUAAAUGCAGAGACCUCACAAGCUAUGCAGGCAGCCUGAGCAAACUGAGGCAAGACAAAACGACUGGAAUAUGCACUGUCCCUGGUGUAGUUACUGCUAUAGCAGUUCAUCCAUCAAGUACACAUUCACUGGUGGCAGCGGGAGACAUCUAUGGUACUGUUGUGUUGUGGGACCGGAAUCUCCAUACACCAGGGAAAUAUAGAUUUCCCCUCCAUUCAGGUCAAACCAGUGUUGUUACUUUCUCACCUUCUAAUUCCCAACAUUUGCUGUCGCUUGGUCAAGAAGGUACAAUCUUCCGCGGUGACAUAUGCCACUCUGCAUUUACACAGAUAUACCAUGUGGAACAAAAACUUGCCUCCUUUGACUUCCUGUCAGAUAGUGGCUCUGUCCUCCUUGUUGGUCAUUCAAAUUCAAGACUUUCAGUGGUGGACUGCAGGACGAAUACAUAUGAUGUUUGCAGUUGUGUGCGCGUGUCACGCCUCCAGUCCGUUAGUGUUCAUCCUCUCAAAAAGGAUCUCUUUGUGGUUUCAGGAUGCGGGAAUGUUCUUCUGUAUGAUGUGCGAAUGCUCAGAAUAGACAUAAGUUGCAAGGCCCAGCCGCUAAUGGGCUUCCGGAAAGAUAGAGAUUUUGUUCCUGUAUCUGCUACCUUCUCUCCAGGCACAGGAAAGUACAUCCUUACCCCUUGUCGUGAUAGAUGCAUUCGAGUGUUUACAAUUGAAGACUUUACACAGAAUACAUAUCCUCUCAACUUUGAACAGAAUAUACAUCAUUUGAACUCCUUAUAUGGAAAUCAAAAGAUGAACUUGAAAAGCUAUUUACCAGUUACAUGGGACCCAAAGCAAGAAAACUGCUUUGCUGAAGGACUAAUGAACAGUGGCCAAAUAAAUGUCUUCCAUGUGAAGGGACAAAGUGUAGGUUCAUUUUUCAGCAGUACUUGUACACCUAAUGCCCUUGCCAUUCAUCCCACUAGAAACCUGGUGGCUGUAGGGACAUGUAAUAAAACGCUGUGUGUGGUGGAGGAAUAGCAAAAUGUACUGGAUCUACCUGAAGAAAUCAAAUUUUUGGGCUAUCUUUUAAUGUAUGAAACACAAGAUGUGGGUUACCAGGUUUGUUUUUAAUAACACAUGUGUUUUAUGAGUUUUUGCAGUUUGUUACACCCCUCCAACUGUUUCAUUCAGUAUAUAGACCAUUUGUAAGGGUAUAGAAAUAAUUUCGACUGUUUUAAUUCUACUGAAGUGCAUCUGAGGGUGCAUCCACACCACGAUUGUGCAAUAUGGCAGGCGGAUUCGGCAGGGGAAUUAAAAAACCAUCCACUGCCGUAUACCCGCCGCACCCUAUCCGGCUCAUUCAAAUGAAUGGGGUGCAGCGUGGGAAUACGGCAGCAGGCGGUUUUUACAUUCUCCCGCUGUAUUGCACAAUUGUUGUGUGAAUGCACCCUUUAAGGGGAAGUUCGGUACAGGACAUCUUGUCCCUUAUCCACAGGAUAAGGGGAUAAGUGUCUGAUCGCUGGGGCCCCCGUGAUCCCCUGCCCGGCGCCAUUUCCGUUCUGUGCUGGAUUACUGUUUACCACAGCACAAAGCUUUGGUCAACAUUCCCCCUCCAUGUAUCUCUAUGGGAGAGCCGGGGAUACACGGCAAUGUCUCUCCCGUUCCCCCAUAGCAAUGUCUCUCCUGCUCCCCCAUAGAGAUGAAUAAAGGUAGCGUGUCGACCACAGCUGCCCUUAAUGCUAGGAGAGAGGGAGUUCUGAACAUAAAUGUUUAAAACACUGGGACACUGGGCUGGAGAUCGUGUGGGCCCCAGCGAUCGAAUACUUAUACCCAAGGUGAUAUGUCUUGUAGCGUAGUUCCCCUUUGAAAGGCUGACUUCUAGGAACCCCACCAAUCCCGAGAAUGGUGGUCCUCUGCAGUGCCCCUACUGGUAUAGUUUGCACACUGCCAUUCCAUUUACUCACUAUAGGCCAAAUGCUAAAGUCCGCUAUUGUCGUUAGUCAGAGAGGUAAUAGUCGCAGCGUGUAUGCUGGACCACUGCUCCAUGUACACAGAUGAGGACAGGAACCCUUCUGGUGAUUGUUAGGGGUCCCAGAUGUUAGUCUCCUACCGUUUAGAAACUUCCUGUGGAUAGGGAAUACGUUUUUAUUCUUGGGAAAACCCCUUUAAAUCUGAAAUGAAUACAUUUCGAAAAUAGUUUUGCUUAGAAAUCCUGUACCAUGAUGUGUCUACAGCUCCUAUGCAGAGCCAUGUAUCCGUAACUUCUAAGGCAGUGCUUCCCAGCCAGGGUGCCUCCAGCUGUUGCAAAACUACAACUACCAGCAUGCUUGGACAGCCAUUGGCUGUCUGGGCAUGCUGGAAGUUGUAGUUUCGCAAUAACUGGAUGCACCCUGGUUGGGAAACACAAUUCUAAGGAAUAUACAUGAAGAUGGGGACAGAAAAUAAGGUUAAUGAUUUAUGAUUAGACUGCACAGGGUUCCUUGCUAACCAUUGAAACAUAUAGGUCUGUAUAGGAGCUGCGUACAAAACUGUAAAGUGGCUUUAUUUAUUUUUUCCAGAGCACUGCAGUAUUUGCUUGCAUAGUUGGUCAGGGAAAGAUAUACCUAUUAAAUUAUUUUUGUUUGUUACCUGUUUUAUUUUAAAUCUUAUUCGGAACUUAUGAAAGUUAGAACAUUAUUAGUUCUAGGGGCUUUUAAUUAUACUUGUCAUUUAUUAA